ACAGAGCAAAAACCAAGAACAGCUAUCCAUUACCUUAUUGCUACAAGAAAAAACAACUUGUUCGCAGCAUAAAAACAUUCUUGUUAGUUAGACCGUAACGACACGCCCUUGCACACCGGCUACCGGCUCAUUAUUCAUCAUAUGAGUUAUGAAAGUACAGCACUUCUGCAAUAACAGCAUUUAAGUUAAUUAGUAUUUCAAAGAGAAGAUUCAGCGUUUAUGGUAAUCGCCGGUUUUGUUACUCUCUCUCUCUGUUCGUAAAUCUACGUAAAUAAUCAUUGAAAGACGGUUAAUUCCUCAGACAAGCAAAAGCACAUUUUGAGAAGCAGAUCUGUUCAAGUUCUAGUUAAAGAACGUGGCGCAAUGUUUUCUAAAACGGCAACAGACGUCUCGUUCUCCAUUUUUCUGAUUUUAUUUCUCAUUCACUCCGCGGCAAGCCAGUGCCAAGGUGGUAGGAGUGUAGGACCUGUGCCAAGCGUAACAGAUGACAGGCGUCUCGACGGAACCUCAAAUAACAAAGAUCACGUGUUCUGGGGCGCCGCACAGGAGGACGUAGCACGUGAUGCACCUGCCAUGUACGCUGACGGCAUCGCUCUGCCCGCAGGCGUUUGUACUCCUGAGCAGAGGAAAUCGGGAAACUGUAGAUAUGUGGACGCAAUUUACGGGUUAGGUUCUAACAGGCCUUCACCAAGAAAAAUCAGCAAUGAGCUUUUUCAGCAGAUUGAAUCGAAAAUUAGCGCUCGGCGUCUCAGCGAUUUUCAUCCCAAUUGGGGACAGUUUUUGGCGCAUGACACGGAUUCGUCAGGCACGCUGGCUAAUCGGGAGUUUGCGGAUGUUUUCAGUGACGUAUGGCUGCCUAUUGAAGUUCCAAAGGGAGAUAUCCACUUUGACAGACAGAAUAAAGGCAACGUUUACCUUACUUUCGUGCGAACAACUUUUAACAGAUGUACUGGUCGCAGUACCAACACCUCGAGACAACAAGUUAACAAGCUCACGUCUUACAUUGAUGGUUCUGUCGUGUAUGGGGAAACAGAGGAAAGAAACAGAGCGUUGAGACAAUUUAAAGAUGGCAAGAUGAAAGUCGGACUUGGAGAACUCUUGCCGGAAAACACAGAAGCUUUAUCGAAUGACAACCCAGUUGGUCGUGAUGCAGGUCUUCUGUUGGCCGCGGGAGACUCGAGAGCCAAUGAACAGCCAGGACUGAUUUCAAUGCACACUCUGUUUGUACGGGAACACAACCGCCUCUGCGACGAGUACAAAAACAAAAAUCCACAGGCCACGGAUGAACAAAUAUUUCAAUACGCGCGUCGCCUAGUAGCGGCUGAGAUCCAGGCCAUCACGUUCCGUGAAUAUCUUCCAGCCACGUUGGGGGGCACUCAACACAUUCCUGCUUAUCAGGGGUACAAUAAGAGUAUCAACGUUGGUAUGAGUAACAUGAUGUCUACAGCUGCAUUCAGAUUCGGUCACAGCCAAGUCAACACUCUUUUGUGGCGGUUUGAAGAGGAUGGUACGAUGUCUCAUUAUGGCCACCUCGCCCUUAGAGACGCUUACUUCUCACCUGAAAGAGUGUCAAGGGAGGGAGGCAUAGAGCCUCUCUUUAGGGGAGCAGUGAGACAAGCCGCACAGGAAGUUGACUUAAAGAUGGUGGAUGACAUGCGGAACGCUUUGUUUCCGUCCGGUCGUGAACUUGGCCAAGAUUUAGCGUCCAAGAACAUACAGCGCGGAAGAGAUCAUGGCUUACCAGAUUACAACUCUGUCAGGAAGGCACUUGGGCUAACGGGACUCAGCAGUUUCUCAGAGAUCACAAAAGAUUCCAAGACUGCCGAGAAGAUGGAGGAAGUUUACCAAGACAUUAACAAUAUAGACUUAUGGGUUGGAGGACUGGCCGAGGACCACGAGAGUGGCAGUGAACUGGGAGAGACUUUUAGAACGUAAGUGAAACAACGUCACCGAAUCAACACUCUACAAAGAAGAGACAACAACUGUACUUCUUGAGCUUAUCAGGGCAUAUAAAUAUGCAUUUUUGUUAUAUGGCUCACUAAGAUGAACCGAAUCCUGCGGUGUGAUCGGCUACCCGAACGGGCAAGAUGGCGCUAUCUUGCA